AUUAAGUGUUCAAGGUCAUAAAUUAUGCACACUUCGAGUGAAAUUUAAAUUGCUUCCGAAUUUUUCAUUAAUGAUUUAUAUUUUCUAUUAUCUAGAAAACGUGUCGGUUAAUAGUUAUUCCUUAAAUUUUUAUGAUAUUAUUCAUUACAAAUUUUGGCUGAUUAGUCAAUAAUUAUGCAAUACAAGCUGACUAAAGUCUAAAAUGUUUUUAGAAAAGUAAAAUUAAGCUCAGUGUUUGGUGAGGUAUGUUAGUUAAAAUGUUGAGUAGAACAAUUGGAUUAGGUAUUCUGAGUGGUACAGUAGCAACUGCUUACUCUUAUUAUGAAAAUGAUUUUAAUAUCGAUUCAGUCGGCAUUGUUCGAUUUAGUCGAGCUGCCACUACUGGAAUACAUGUGAUGUAUCAUUACAAGACUACUCUGUAUGCACCAUCAGUUAACAAAUCUUUACCAAAUUAUCAAGAAAUAAGAUCAAAAUCUCACGGGAAAGCUGCUGAAUUGUUACUAGAACUAUGUCGCACUAAUAAAGGUGUUUAUAUUAAGAUUGGACAACACAUUGGAGCAUUAGAAAAUCUUUUUCCAAAAGAAUAUACAGACACAUUGAAGGUUUUGCACAGUCAAGCUCCCAUUACACCAUUAAAAGAAAUUUACAAAGUAAUCAAAGAGGACCUUAAACAAGAUGCCGAUCAAUUAUUUAGCGAAAUAGAUCCAAAACCACUGGGUGCAGCUUCUUUAGCUCAAGUACACAAGGCAAAAUUACGAUCAACAGGAGAAAAUGUUGCUAUUAAAGUCCAGCAUUCAUAUGUUCGGGGAGAUGCCAAAAUAGAUAUUGCUAUAAUUGAGACUUUAGUGAACAUUGGUUCAUAUAUUUUUCCUGAUUUUAAAUUUCAAUGGCUUGUGAAACAAACAAAACAGAAUAUACCAAAAGAAUUAGAUUUUACAAUUGAAGCACAAAAUACUGAAACUCUUAGAUCAAUGUUCAAACACUUUAAGUGGUUAAAGGUACCAAAGAUAUAUGAUCAGUUUAGUUCUUCUAGAGUCUUAACAUUAGAAUUCUUUGAAGGUGGACAAAUCAAUGAUCUUGAUUACAUCAAUCGAAAUAAAUUGAAAGUGGAUGAAAUAUCUGACAAAUUGGGAAGUUUAUACAGUGAAAUGAUAUUCAAAAAUGGAUUUGUACACAGUGAUCCUCAUCCUGGUAAUUUAUUGGUAAACAAAGACAAGAAUGGCCAAUUAAAUUUAAUACUUUUGGAUCAUGGACUUUAUGCUACAUUAACUGAUAGCUUUCGACGUACAUAUGCUAAAUUAUGGAUGAGUAUAUUGGAUAAUAAUCAUGAUAGAAUGAAAAAAUACUGCACCAAACUGGGAGUAGCUGAAAUGUAUGGUCUACUUGUGUGUAUGGUAGCUGGACGCACUUGGGAUUCAGUUCAAGAUGGCAUUGCUACUAAGAAAUUAACUGAUGCCGAAAAAGAAAAAUUUCAAAGUGGAAUUCCAUUAGUGUUGACGGAAACUUUGUAUAUUCUGCAAACUGUAAAUCCUCAAAUUUUGUUAUUACUUAAAACUAAUGACCUAAUACGUGGUAUUGAUACAACUUUGGGAACAUUGUCAAAGUUAACAUCUUUACGUCCAAUGACUGUAAGCUGUAUAAACACUAUAUAUGAUAAACCGUUAUACAAAAGUACAUUUUGGACCAGCCUAAGUAUUCAAUUCAGAAAACAAUGGUCACUUUUAAAAGCUAAACUAUUUUUUUUCUGGCUCAGCAUUAUUGAUACAGCUUAAUUUUAAAAAUUAUCUGUAAUCACAAGUUAAUUAAUUAAAGUAUUUUUUCAUAAA